GCCCCCCCGCGAAAAUCCACACAAACCACCACCCCACGUAACUGCCACGUAACCACCCCCAAUCCAUCGCCAGAGCGAGCGGGGCCCACCCAGUCAUGGCGACCGCUGCUGCUGCCACCGUCGCCGCCGGCGGCCGCCCCUACCGUCGUGCCCGCCCUCGCUGCGGCCCACCUCGCCUGCAGCGGUUGCGCCUCCCUGCCGCCGCCGCCGCCGCCCCGUCUUCCCAGCCCGCUCCGUCCGCGUCGUUGACCCCGCCGGAGGGCGGCGGGCGGCUAGUGGCGGAGCUGGUGGGCGCGUUCAACGAGCUCACGGAGCGUAUGGGGGAGGAACUGGCGACGUCCUCGUCGUCGCGCCUGCUCUUCCUUGCGCUGAAGCUGGCUCUCCCCGCCCUCCGCGACGGCGACGGCGGCAGGGCGCUCGCACGCGCCCUCGCCGUCGCCGCCUCCCUCGCCGACCUCCAGAUGGAUGCUGAAGUCAUAUCAGCUGGCAUACUAAGGGAAGCCCUGGAUGCAGGAGCCAUAAGCAUGAGGGAUGUAAAAGCUCAGAUUGGGAUUAGCACAGCUCAUUUGCUGCAUGAGAGCUUAAGGCUUAAGCAUGCUCCUUCAAAGCUUGACGUAUUGGAUGAUGAAAGCGCAAGCGCAUUGAGAAAGUUUUGCCUUUCUUACUAUGACAUCCGUGCGGUAAUAUUGGAGCUUGCACUGAAGCUUGAUAUGAUGAGACACCUUGAUUUCCUCCCAAAGUAUCUGCAGAGGAUAAAGUCUCUCGAAGUCAUGAAGAUAUAUGCCCCACUUGCCCAUGCCAUUGGAGCGGGUAAUCUAUCACUAGAGUUAGAGGAUCUUUCAUUUCGGUACCUGUUUCCUCAUUCAUAUGACCAUGUUGAUCAAUGGUUGAGGAGCCAAGAAACUGAGAGCAGGCUCUUGAUAGACGAGUACAAGGAGCAGUUGCUUCAAGCAUUGAAAUCUGAUGAGGAGUUGAACCGGAUUGUGCAGGACAUCUCAAUUCAAGGGAGAUACAAAAGCCGUUUCAGUACUAUGAAGAAGCUAGUAAAAGAUGGCCGGAAACCAGAAGAAGUUAACGACAUACUAGGUUUGCGGGUAAUCUUGGAGCGUCGAUGUGACGGUAACUCAUCAGAUUGGGGGUCCAGAGCUUGCCACAGGACACAUGAAAUCAUUCAAGCUCUCUGGAAGGAAGUCCCAGGUAGGACAAAAGAUUAUAUCACUCGGCCAAAAGAAAAUGGUUACCAGAGCUUGCAUGUGGCCAUCGAUGUAAGUGAACCUGGGAUGACGAGGCCACUAAUGGAGAUACAGAUACGCACCAAGGAGAUGGAUAGAUUCGCUGUUGGUGGAGAGGCGUCCCACUCUCUCUACAAAGGCGGUCUUACCGAUCCUGGAGAGGCUAAAAGACUCAAGGCAAUUAUGUUGGCUGCAGCAGAGUUAGCAGCUCUGCGCCUUCGUGACCUACCAGCUAGUGAUCAAGUAAGAGGCGACUGCAAGAACCGGGCUUUUUGCCUGCUUGAUAAAAACGGGGAUGGGAGGAUCAGCAUCGAGGAGCUCACCGAGGUCAUGGAAGAUCUAGGUGCGGGGGGCGAAGAUGCAACAGAGCUCAUGCAUCUUCUUGAUGCAAACAGCGAUGGCUCCUUGAGCUCCGAUGAAUUCGAGUCGUUCCAGAAACAGGUUGAACUGAUGAGAAGCUUGGAGGACGAGGAUGAUCACUACAGGAAGAUCUUGAAAGAGAAGCUGCAUACGAUCGACAGCGCAGGUCUCAUUCAAGUCUACCGAAAAGAGCUGGGUGACAAACUGCUUGUGAGCUGAAUUGGAACUUAUCAACUUAACACAACCUACCAGACCACCAUCUUGUUGUAGUUUCGCAUAUAUACUGCACCGAGAAGUGAUAUCAUCACUGAAUUGUAAAUACUCGUUGAAUGUACAUGGUGUUGUAUGUGAUUCAGAAAAGCUGAGUGAUUGUUUGUUGA